GUCAAGGGUCACCUAAGAUGGCGGCGUCCAGGAGACGCUGAGGCGUGGAGCGGAGGAUGGCGCUGCGAGCGUUGGCGGCCGGGGCUCGGCUGGGGCGGCUGUUGAGCGGGCCCGGCCCGGGGCUGGGGCCGGGCCCGGGGCUGAGGCCGGGGCGGGGGCACCGGACGGCGGUCGGGCGCGAGGCAGACGCACCCGUGUUCCAGUACGUGGGCGAGCGGGCGGCCCGGGCCGACCGCGUUUUCGUGUGGGGCUUCAGCUUCUCCGGGGCGCUUGGCGUGCCCACCUUCGUGCUGCCUAGCGCCGGGCCCGAGCGCCGCGCCGGCUCGCGGCCGCCCCGCAGGAUCCAGCCCGUGCCCUACCGUCUGGAGCUGGACCAGAAGAUUUCAUCUGCUGCCUGUGGCUAUGGAUUCACGCUGUUAUCCUCUAAAACCAAGGAUGUGACGAAAGUUUGGGGUAUGGGGCUCAACAAAGAUUCCCAGCUGGGAUUUCACAGGAGCCGCAAAGAUAAAACCCGGGGAUACGAGUAUGUUCUGGAGCCCUCGCCCGUGCCGCUGCCUCUGGACAGACCUCAGGAGACACGGGUGCUGCAGGUGUCCUGCGGCAGAGCCCACUCUCUCAUCCUGACAGACCGCGAAGGAGUCUUCAGCAUGGGAAACAACUCUUACGGGCAGUGCGGAAGAAGCGUGGUCGAAAAUGAAAUUUACAGCGAAAGUCACAGAGUCAAUAGAAUGCAGGACUUCGAUGGACAGGUGGUCCAGGUGGUUUGUGGCCAGGACCAUAGCCUGUUCCUGACAGACAAAGGAGAAGUCUACUCUUGUGGCUGGGGUGCCGACGGGCAAACAGGUCUGGGUCACUACAAUAUCACCAGCGUGCCCACCAAGCUGGGCGGGGACCUGGCCGGAGUGAACAUCGUGCAGGUGGCCACCUACGGUGACUGCUGCCUGGCUGUGUCUGCCGAGGGCGGCCUCUUCGGUUGGGGGAACUCGGAGUACCUGCAGCUGGCCGCUGUCACCGACUCCACUCAGGUGAACGUCCCCCGGUGCUUACCCUUCUCAGGACUGGGGAAGGUGAAGCAGGCCGCGUGCGGCGGUACGGGCUGUGCCGUGUUAAAUGGAGAAGGACAGGUUUUUGUCUGGGGCUACGGAAUUCUUGGGAAAGGACCGAACCUUGUGGAAAGCGCGCUUCCAGAGGUGAUCCCACCCAGUCUCUUCGGCCUGACGGAGUUCAACCCAGAAGUCCACGUUUCCCUCAUCCGAUGUGGCCUCAGCCACUUUGCUGCCCUGACCAACAAAGGAGAGCUGUUUGUGUGGGGCAAGAACAUCCGAGGGUGCCUGGGCAUCGGUCGUCUGGAAGACCAGUAUUUCCCAUGGCGGGUGACCAUGCCUGGGGAGCCCGUGGAUGUGGCGUGUGGCGUGGAUCACAUGGUGACUCUGGCCAAGUCCUUCGUCUGAAGCUCCCCCCUGACCCGCUCGAGCCCGGAACCUGGCCUCAGCACCGCUUGGACUGCUUGGCAGAGGCCCCGGCGGGGGCUCUUGCCGGGGGUCAGAGAGGAUCCGGGCCCUUUGUGACGCGUGAUGCUCUGUGCCAGUGUCCUUAGCGAGAAUGUACUGGAAGUCCCGGGAUGCAGGCCCCUCUCUGGCUGAGGGUGAGAUCUGCUGCAUUGACCGCAGGAGGGCUGUCCUCAUCCGGCCAAGCACCAGCGAGAGGGGUCCCGGCUGUGUGUCACGUCUGACCCGAGCAGCGGGGCCGGGGGAAGCUUAGCUCUGCGGCAUUGCCGUUUUGUUCGUUCUUCAAGGUGGCCUGGCAGAAUCUAGUGACCACAAGCAGAGUUCCUGGUGGGCGUGUGAGCUUCAGGGCGAGCCCAGCCUGACUGAGGGGGCCGGCCUGAGAAGCCCCCGCAGGAGUGAGCGCGAGGCCCGGUUCUUGCGCACGGAAAGCCGCCCGCCAAAGCUUGGCUGGAGGGCCAGCCUCAGGGAGGAGAUCCGGAAAUCGUGGCAAACAUUCGAGGUAGUAACAUAAACUUGGCCUUUCGUUUAAAAGCAUCUUUUUAAAAAUCUCUUUUGAAAUAAAGUCUAUUUUCUGCCUUUUUA